AUGCUAGCAUAUCGGGACGCUACCAAGACUCCCCUUGUCAUAGCCAUGGAUAAAACGACACCCAAACGCUUUCGCCGAGCAGCGCUUUUGCGGACGUGCAAGAGCGUGUAUAGCGAGGCACGCCGCUACCUCUACGAGCCGCAGACCCUCGCACUUCUGCAAUUUCAAUGGCAACGGGAUCAGCGUUCCAAGCGGAUGGAUGCGCGGCUCUUGGGGCGUAUGCGGCAUGUGCAGAAUAUCAGUGUGAACUUCUCCGAAGUCCCUUGGAGAGGCGCUAUCACGAGGGAAGCUGCAAUCUGCACGAAAGUCAUCGUUGGCUGUCUACAGCCUAACCUUCAGAUUACAGUGCUCGACCUCACUUUUCGUGCACAACAAGGCGUGUUGGAGGAGGAAUGGUUGAACUCGAUGCUGGAGAUUGCGGCGCAUUGGUUUCGAGCUGCGAGGGGGCCUACGAUCAUGCAGUUGGAGAUCUACUUCGUGCGCUCGCUUCACGAUAGGGCGAAGCUCAAGCUAGGAGGUGAGGGCACGUGA